GAGAGGUGUUGGGCUUCAUCUUCUUCUGAGGGUUCUCUACCAGCUGCCUCAUCAUGAACCUCUCAGAUCAGAUCAAAUUCCUGUUCAGCUGUAAUGUCAGUCCCAGUGAGACGCCUCAGCUCGACAUCAGUGUCACCAAAAGAGAGCCGUUGGUAAUCGCUGUUCCCAUGACAGUCUUCUACAGCAUCAUCUUCUUGUUUGGAGUUCUGUUUAAUGGCGUGAGCAUUCUGACUCUCCUUUUGGAUGCCCAUAUGAGAGUCAGCGCCAUACGUUUCUACCUCCUCAGCUUGGUUGUAUCAGACAUUCUGCAGCUGUUGACCAUCCCAGUAACUCUGUACCGGUACUACUGGGAGAGCUACCCGUGGCGUCUGGGCCAAGUUGUGUGCAAGGUCUACUUCAUGGUCCGUCAAGUGUACUGCGCCACCACAAGCUGGGUUAUCAUGAUCUUCACCACUGAGCGUUAUGCAGCCAUCUGCCACACCAUGUGGUCUGUCUCCAGCCUAAAGAAGUCUCGGCUGCCGUGCCUGCUCUCAGUGUGGAUCAUCUCCCUGGUCUCAGCUGUACCCUUUGCUCUGGUGUAUGACCAGGCUCAGGCCUGCAUCCUGGACUACACUGCCACCAAACAAGAAGACGCCUUUCAUGUGUCCACCAUGUGCGAGAUGACAGAACCUGAUCCUGCUCCUAUCUACAAAGGAGCUUUACUCCUGAGGGCGGGGGUUUUCUUUCUGGUCCCUUUGGUCUCCAUCUUCACUCUGUAUAUGCUCAUUUUGCUCUACCUGAAGAGAAACGGGCGUCAGAGGAGGAACAUGGGUCUGACACGGCCAGAUCCAGAGGGGAGGCGAGACGUCCAGUGCCAUCAGAAUGGCAAGCUACUGUUAAAUGAAAAGAGAGCUCUGAAACUCAUGGGUGCAGUCGUCGUGGCCUUUUUUGUUUGUAACUUUCCAGACAUUGCCUCGUCACUGAUGCAGGUCUAUGUGGUCAUUUGGUCCGACACGGUUCUCUCAGUCUACACUGUCCUGAAAUCCUACUUAUCCCUUCCACUGUGGUACAUCAACGGUGCUCUGGACCCCCUGCUGUUCUGUAUUUCCUCGCACACAUUUCGCAGGGCAUGCUGGAGGACUCUGGGCAGGCUCAGACCUCACUGCUACAUAAAGUAUGGGAGCAUGUCUUGGCUGCGACAGAGAAGUUCUUGUGAAGAAGCAAGCACAUCAGCAAGAGAGAGGAUUAAUGGAAAGUUCUACAGAGAGAGGACAGAUGAAAAGCAAAGUAAAGUCAACAAGAAGUCAGAUCAGAAAGACGGUGAUAGCCAUGAGAAUUCCUCCAAAAUGAAGAUGCAACCUCAGAAAACCUGAAGUUAUAUUAUGCUCCUUUGGACCGUUGAAGACUCGCUACAAAUGUGUCCACCUGGUAGAUGAAAAAAAAUGUUUUGUUCUUAUUAAUGUGCUUUCCUUCUGUUCUGUAAGUUUCUCUCAUACUGUUAUGAAAUCUGAUUUCACAUGCUUUGAGUCAAAGUUAUUUAAAGCCCUGGUGAGGAACUCUAAGUUUGUGUUGAUUUUGGCAGCUCCUGUGGACAAAGCGGUACCUCUAAUCUCUUUACUUGUUUUGUCUCGUGCAUGUGAAAGAAGAGUUCCUUUAAACUACCAAGAAUCUUUGCUAAGAAAAUGUUUAAAAAAAGAAGAAAAAAAGUCUGUCAGUCUGGGUCAUGACCAGAUAAAAAAAAUGUCUUGGUCCACAGAGGGUUUACCUGUACUGUAAAAAGUAACAAGGCUCUUCUUUAGAAGCUCUUUUGUCAUUGAAAAUAUGUUUAGUGCUUUGAAGUUUAUGUUUGUAUGAAAAUGUCUUUCUUCAAGUCUGAUACAACCUAAAACAUAUUGGACAGCAUGUGCUUGUGGAUGUUAUGUUGGGUUUAAAAUACAUAAACUGUCAACUGUACUGCUCACGUGUAAUACUAAUGACUGCAGAUGUGACUCACCCAAUUAUGUUCAAUCAAGAGACCAAAAUAGUGGAGAUAAAAUAACUGGCUAAAAAAAAGCAGGGUUUGUACAUUUCUGCUGUUUGCAUUACACAAUGACUGUGUCUGAAUGAGUUACAGAUGCAUUACUUGCUAGCACUAAUAGCUAACUUAAAGGUAACUCUGGGGCUGACAAAACUGACCCACAAAGGUAAAGAUCUCUCAAAUGUAUGUUAGUUUUUCAGGAAAAACAUUCAUAUUAUACCUUUAUAGACCAUGUUAAUU